AUGGACAACGAUGGCGGCAUUGUUCUGGUAGACAACACCUGUCCAGCACCAGAACCAGACGAAGCUGAGGUCGGACUGCGAGCAACACGGACUAGCACCAGCCAUCGAUCACUGGCCAAGAAAUUAACCGGCCUCUCGGUUCGAGAAAACCUUGCACGGCGUAGAUACGCAAAGUGGCAGCAAGGACGCUACAAUGGCGUCAAUGGUGUGAACGGCGUCAAUGGGGAUGAUAGCAGGCCCAGCAGAGAAAUAGAAAGCCCGAAGUCAAGGAACCCGUCAAUUGCACCCUCGUCUUCGGCGGUUCGACGACCGGAAUCGGACGUAGGUUCCGAUACCGAAUCAUGGUUGCAGGAACAACCGACGACGGAAGAAUCGCAACAACAAUCAGAAAGUGAAAUAGAUAUCUUAUACGAAAACCAGCGAGGAUGGUUCUUUUUUGGCAAACCGAUAUUCUCGAGGAACUCGCUGUUGAACCUGGACCCGCCGGCUUGGAUGACGGCCAAUUUCGAACAGAGUCCGGUAACAAUUGCGAAUGCACAGGUCCCCGAUCCAAGUUGGGAAUGGGAUUGGAAAACAUGGUAUGUCGAUAUGUCGUAUGAUGUCGACGAGGAAGGUUGGCAGUAUUCUUUCUCCUUUGCCUCCAAGUUCGCCUGGCAUGGAACCCAUCCCUGGUGCCAUUCGUUCGUCCGACGGAGACGGUGGCUGAGGAGGAGAGUGAGAAGACCUAAACAUAAGCCUGCAAAGGGUAUCAACGGUUCUAGGCUGCUGGGAAGCCGUGAGCAGAGUAUUGUCAGUGCGGGUGAAGCGGGAACCAACUACACCGGCCGUCUAUCGAGAAUGUCUAUGGACGAGUGGGAGGAAAGAGUAGCUCCUGAAGAUAUCACAAAUGUGGCGAUUUUAUUCAAAGCCAUCAGGAUUGCCACACUUGAUCGUGAGAGGAUAAAUGCAGUGAGAGAAUUUAUACAUCGGGGAGGAGACGGGCUUGUGCUGCUGGAAGAUAAGAUGCCCGAAAUAUUGUCGAUGCUGCUCUUUCAAUCUUCCCGUCGGCAGUUAGUGAAGUUGUUGAAACGGUCAAUGGAUGAGAUACCGCAGGACUCUCCCGAUGAAUCCGAAAGGACCGUGCGGGAGAAUCUUCACAAGGCGUACAGAGCUGGUGACCGGCUCAUGAGGGAGUCGUUGACUUGGAACGGCGCAUGA